AAAAAAUCUACUACCGCAGAGAAGAAAAUGGUGAUAAGUUGAGAGAUUGCAAAGAGGAGGACCCCGCACAUUCCACAGAGAAGAAGAAAAGAGGAGAUGAUGCCUCAGUUUGGUGUCUCUUCUGCAAUCAGUCCCAUGGACUCUUCCAAUUCCCCAAAAGGUAAUCUUCUCUCUCUACCUCCACACCCAUCUCUGACUGUUUCCUUUCGUAUUCAUUCUUACUCUAGAAACCCUAGUUCUCCAACUACGAGUCCAGAAAACCGCCCACCACAGCCGAGAAAAAAGACCUCUGUUCUUAAUCCCAAUGGACUCCAAGAAGCUCGCGAGUUUCUCAAUCGGAUCCCCCGAACCCAACCUUUUCCGCCCAUUUUUAGUAUCUCCAAGGCGUUGGGGACUCUUGUGAAAAGGCGUCAUUACACGGAGGCUCUUUCUCAUUUCGAAAAGUUGCAGUUACGAGGCGUUCGUGUAAAUUUUUAUACCUUGAACAUCGCAAUUAACUGUUACUGUAGCGUGAAUCGAGUUGGUUUCGGGUUCUCUCUGUUAGGCGGCAUCUUCAAACACGGUUUUAAACCGGAUGUUGGCAGCUUUACCACGCUAUUAAAGGGACUUAUUUUAGAAGAUAAAGUUCCCGAGGCCGUGGAGUUAUUCGAGAAGUUAAUGAGGAGGAGAGAGGUUGAGCCCAACGAGGUUAUGUAUGGUACAGUUAUUAAUGGGCUCUGCAAGAAGGGAAACAUGGGAGCGGCUGUUAGGUUGCUUAGGAUCAUGGAAGAGGGAAGUUGUAAACCGAACAUGGUUGUGUAUAGCACAAUCAUCGACGGUCAUUGCAAGAAGGGAAUGGUGGAUGAUGCUUUGAAACUUUUUUAUGAAAUGAAAGAGAAAGGGGUUCAACCAAAUGUUGUUACUUAUAACUGUUUGAUUGAUGGUUUAAAUAAGUCUGGCCGGUGGAAGGAAGCUAAUGGAAUUUUGGGAGAAAUGUUAGAUAUUUGUAUUUCUCCGAACAUCAUUACCUUCAGUGUCUUGGUCGAUGCACUUACGAAGGAAGGGAAGGUAAAAGAGGCAGAGGAAGUAAUUGAAAGCUUGAUUCAAAGAGGCGUGAAUCCUGAUGUAAUCACGUACAAUUCUCUAAUUCAUGGAUAUUGUUUGCAAGGCCAAAUGGAUAAGGCAAUGAGAGUGAUGAAUACCGUGGUGGAUAGGGGCAUUCAACUUGACAUUCAGAGCUACAGCACUUUAAUUAAUGGAUAUUGCAAGAACAUGAAAAUAGAUGAGGCUGUUAGGUGGCUUAGGAUCAUGGAAGAGGGAAGUUGUAAACCAAACAUGGUUGUGUAUAGCACAAUCAUCGACUGUCAUUGCAAGAAGGGAAUGGUGGAUGAUGCUUUGAACCUUUUUUACGAAAUGAAAGAGAAAGGGGUUCACCCAGAUGUUGUUACUUAUAGCUCUUUGAUUCAUGGCUUAAAUAAGUCUGGCCGGUGGAAGGAAGCCAAUGGAAUGUUGGGAGAAAUGUUGGAUAGUCGUAUUUCUCCAGACAUCAUUACCUUCAGUGUCUUGGUCGAUGAACUUACGAAGGAAGGGAAGGUAAAAGAGGCAGAAGAAGUAAUUGAAAGCUUGAUUCAAAGAGGCGUGAAUCCUGAUGUAACCACGUACAAUUCUCUAAUUCAUGGAUAUUGUUUGCAAGGCCAGAUGGAUAAGGCAAUGAGAGUGAUGAAUACCGUGGUGGAUAGGGGCAUUCAACUUGACAUUCAGAGCUACAGCACUUUAAUUAAUGGAUACUGCAAGAACCUUCAAAUAGAUGAGGCUGUUAGGUGGCUUAGGAUCAUGGAAGAGGGAAGUUGUAAACCGAACAUGGUUGUCUAUAGCACAAUCAUCGACGGUCAUUGCAAGAAGGGAAUGGUGGAUGAUGCUUUGAACCUUUUUUACGAAAUGAAAGAGAAAGGGGUUCAUCCAGAUGUUGUUACUUAUUGCUCUUUGAUUCAUGGUUUAAUUAAGUCUGGCCGAUGGAAGGAAGCCGAUGGAAUGUUGGGAGAAAUGUUGGAUAGUCGUAUUUCUCUAGACAUCAUUACCUUCAAUGUCUUGGUCGAUGCACUUACGAAGGAAGGGAAGGUAAAAGAGGCAGAGGAAGUAAUUGAAAGCUUGAUUCAAAGAGGCGUGAAUCCUGAUGUAAUCACGUACAAUUCUCUAAUUCAUGGAUAUUGUUUGCAAGGCCAGAUGGAUAAGGCAAUGAGAGUGAUGAAUACCAUGGUGGAUAGGGGCAUUCAAGCUGACAUUCAGAGCUACACCACUUUAAUUAAUGGAUACUUCAAGAACAUGAAGGUGGAUGAUGCUUUGAACCUUUUUUACGAAAUGAAAGAGAAAGGGGUUCACCCAGAUGUUGUUACUUAUAGCUCUUUGAUUAAUGGUUUAAAUAAGUCUGGCCGGUGGAAGGAAGCUCAUGGAAUGUUGGGAGAAAUGUUGGAUAUUCGUAUUUCUCCAGACAUCAUUACCUUCAGUGUCUUGGUCGAUGCACUUACGAAGGAAGGGAAGGUAAAAGAGGCAGAGGAAGUAAUUGAAAGCCUGAUUCAAAGAGGCGUGAAUCCUAAUGUAAUCACAUACAAUUCUCUAAUAUAUGGAUAUUGUUUGCAAGGCCAGAUGAAUGAGGCAAUGAGAGUGAUGAAUACCAUGGUGGAUAGGGGCAUUCAACUUAACAUUCAGAACUACAGCACUUUAAUUAAUGGAUAUUGCAAGAACAUGAAAAUAGAUGAGGCUGUUAGGUGGCUUAGGAUCAUGGAAGAGGGAAGUUGUAAACCGAACAUGUUUGUGUAUAACACAAUCAUUGAUGGUCAUUGCAAGAAGGGAAUGGUGGAUGAUGCUUUGAAACUUUUUUAUGAAAUGAAAGAGAAAGGGGUUCAACCAAAUGUUGUUACUUAUAACUGUUUGAUUGAUGGUUUAAAUAAGUCUGGCCGGUGGAAGGAAGCUAAUGGAAUUUUGGGAGAAAUGUUAGAUAUUUGUAUUUCUCCUACUGUAAUCACAUACAAUUCUCUAAUACAUGGAUAUUGUUUGCAAGGCCAGAUGGAUGAGGCAAUAAGAGUGAUGAACACCAUGGUGGAUAGGGGCAUUCAACUUGACAUUCAGAACUACAGCACUUUAAUUAAUGGAUAUUGCAAGAACAUGAAAAUAGAUGAGGCUGUUAGGUGGCUCAGGAUCAUGGAUGAGGGAAGUUGUAAACCGGACAUGGUUGUGUAUAGCACAAUCAUCGACGGUCAUUGCAAGAAGGGAAUGGUGGAUGAUGCUUUGAACCUUUUUUACGAAAUGAAAGAGAAAGGGGUUCACCCAGAUGUUGUUACUUAUAGCUCUUUGAUUCAUGGUUUAAUUAAGUCUGGCCGGUGGAAGGAAGCCAAUGGAAUGUUGGGAGAAAUGUUGGAUAGUCGUAUUUCUCCAGACAUCGUUACCUUCAGUGUCUUGGUCGAUGCACUUACGAAGGAAGGGAAGGUAAAAGAGGCAGAGGAAGUAAUUGAAAGCUUGAUUCAAAGAGGCGUGAAUCCUAAUGUAAUCACGUACAAUUCUCUAAUACAUGGAUAUUGUUUACAAGGCCAGAUGGAUAAGGCAAUGAGAGUGAUGAAUACCAUGGUGGAUAGGGGCAUUCAAGCUGACAUUCAGAGCUACACCACUUUAAUUAAUGGAUACUUCAAGAACAUGAAAAUAGAUGAGGCUAUGCAUCUCUUUUUAGAAAUGAAUGAAAAAUGCCUCCCCCUAGAUGUUGUUACGUAUGACACUUUGAUUCGUGGCUUAUGUCAUUUUGGCCGGUGGAAGGAGGUUACAAGAGUGUUUAGAGAAAUGUUGGGUACUGGUAUUUCUCCAGAUAUUGAGACAUUCCAUGUCUUUAUGGAUGGACUUACCGAGGCAGGGAUGGUAAAAGAGGCAGAGGAAGUAAUUGAAAGUAUGAUUCAAAGAGGUGUGGAUCCUGAUGUAAUCUAAUCUAAUCUAAUCUCAUACAAUACUUUAAUGACAGGAUAUCGUUUGCAAGGCCAAAUGGAUAAGGCAAUGGGAGUGUUGAAUACCAUGGCGGAUAGAGGCAUUCAACCUGAUGCCAUUAACUUCACCAUUUUAAGAAAUGGAUAUGGCAAGAACAUGAAAAUAGUCUAGGCGAUGCAUCGCUUUUUUGAAAUGAGAGAAAAGGGCCUUCAUCAUGUUGUUCUUACUUAUACCGCCUUGAUUCAGGGUGUAUCUGUGAAGAUAAAGUUCCAUUCCUAAAAUAUGUAGUCAUUAUUAUGUGAUACUCUUUUUUGCUUUUGCCUUUUCAUUUCUUGUUAAUUUUAAAUUUCCAAUGUGAUUCUUUAACUUUCUGCAUAUCACCUUUUGGAGCCAAAACAAUUGUGUUUUUAUUUCCC